GGCAAGACACACGUUGCGGCUGCUGAUGAAAUUUACGUGAAUGAUUUCGAUGAAAUUCCCAGCGCUCCCCGUCAAUUAAAGUUAACCAACCAAUCAUUAUAGACGUCGACGAAAUACGAAUGUAUUUAGUGAAAUCAGCGGGGUCGCCAAUCAUUAGAACUCUGCGAACGCUCACGACGAGUAAUGCGAUGGCGGCCACAAUUGCUUCGGCCAAAGAUCCCUUAACAGGGCCUCGCUAUGAGCGGGAACCCAACGUACUAAAGAAAAAGCUAGCCUCCGUAGUGCCUGGAACUGUGAAUCUGCAAGUCUUGGGCUCCGGAGCCAAUGGAGCACCUGCUGCUGUUUAUUUGUUUACGGAUCAGGCGCGUUAUUUGUUUAACUGUGGCGAGGGAACCCAGAGAUUGGCUCAUGAGCACAAAACGCGGCUCUCUCGGUUGGAGCAGAUCUUUCUUACACAAAACACAUGGGCAUCCUGUGGAGGAUUGCCUGGUCUAACACUAACCAUUCAGGAUGCCGGAGUACGAGAUCUGGGUCUUCACGGGCCACCACAUCUUGGUGCUAUGUUGCAAUCUAUGCGACGCUUUGUGGUGCUGAAGAACCUGCAAGUUCGUCCAAUAGAUUGCUCAGAGGGCGCCUGUUUUGAGGAUUCCAUCCUAAAGGUAGACUAUCUGCCGUUGAUUAGCUCACAAGAUCCAGAGAAAAUUGUGAUAAACUACAUUUGUCAACUGAAACCUCGUGCUGGUGCCUUAAAUCUGGUAAAAUGUGUGGAGCAGGGCGUGCCGCCAGGACCUCUUCUUGGGCAGCUUAAGAAUGGAAAGGAUAUUACCUUACCCGAUGGGAAAGUGGUCCGAUCAGCUGACGUUACUGAGGCCAGUGAAACUGCUCUCUCAUUUGUUUUUCUGGAUGUGCCCACUGAGGAUUAUUUACCUGGAUUGUUGGCACACAGCAAAAGGCUCAAGAAAUUGGGCGAAGAGAAGCUCACUGAAGUGGCCCUGGUGGUUCACUUUACGCCUUACAACAUGACCUUAAUACAAGAGUACAAAGAUUUCGUCAAAGAGAACUUUUCGCCUGGUACCCAGCACAUCUAUUUAAGCUCUCCCCUUAACCAGUUUUCUGGAUAUGCUGCUGCCCAUCGCAUCCAACACCAAUUGCAUCAACUAGCUCCACAGGUGUUUCCACUCCUGGGCGAGCAGUUACCUUGCCAGAGUCAGAGUUUAAGUGUCAACCUUAAGAAAACGAAGCUGGACGAAACCGAUAAUGACGAAAAAGAGAAAACAAAAGCCGACGAUGACGAUCAACAGGGUGUGGUAGCCAUGACAAGCUUUCACUUGAGGCCAAGAAAGGGUCUGGAUCGCACUCUGGAGUCCAAGCUCACGCCCGAAGAGUACGUUAAGGAGACCCAUGCUGUGCCUGGAUUUCUAGAACUCUUGGCCAAAUACAAAGAAGAUUAUAGUUUCCCUGACAACGCAGCCGAGAGCUUCCCGAAGAUCAUUUUCCUGGGCACUGGCUCCUGCAUUCCUAAUAAGACGCGCAACGUAAGUUCAAUUCUUUUGAAGACGGCACUUGAUGCCUAUGUGUUGUUGGACUGUGGAGAGGGUACUUACGGCCAGAUUGUUCGACUCUAUGGGCGUGACCAGGGGCAGCAGAUUCUUCGACAGCUGCAGGCGAUUUAUGUGUCACAUUUGCACGCCGAUCACCACAUAGGAUUGAUGGGUCUGCUCCGAGAAAGGAGGCAACUGGAACCCAAAGCAGAUCCACUCAUUCUAUUGGCUCCUCGUCAAAUAGAACCCUGGCUAGAGUUUUACAAUCGGCAAAUAGAAACUAUUGAGGAUGCCUAUACUCUAGUCGGAAACGGUGACCUGCUGGCUAGUCCCCUCACCGGCGAGAAAGUUGAUCCCCUAGGAAUCGCAUCCAUAUCCACCUGCCUGGUAAGGCAUUGCCCCAACUCCUUCGGAAUAAGCCUUACUCUGGCAGCUAAGCACAAAGAGGAGCCUGUAAAGAUAACUUACAGCGGUGACACAAUGCCCUGUCAGGAUUUGAUUGAUUUGGGUCGUGACUCUACUGUUCUUAUCCACGAGGCUACAAUGGAAGACGAUCUGGAAGAGGAGGCGCGAUUGAAGACGCACAGCACCGUUUCGCAGGCUAUUCAGCAGGGUCGUAAUAUGAACGCUCGUCACACGAUUCUCACCCACUUUUCGCAGCGUUACGCCAAAUGCCCGCGAUUACCCAGUGACGAAGAUAUGCAACGGGUGGCUAUAGCCUUUGACAACAUGGAAGUGACUCUUGAGGAUCUGCAGCAUUACCAUAAGCUCUACCCUGCCUUGCUAGCCAUGUACGCCGAAUAUACAGAAGAAUUGGAGCAGCGAGCGGUGAAACGAGAGCUGAAACAGGAGCGAAAGCGUAAAUUGGCAGAAACGUGAUCGCUGGCUGGUGGAGGAUGAGUUCCAAGAGGUACUGUUAAACUAAUGUUAGUCAUAAAUAGUAUUUAUUAAAAAGGAAAGGUUAGCCUUGGACCCUUAAAAUGAAUCAAAUGCAAAGCAAGAAUAUAUCGAUUUUAUAUUUGAAAGUUAAUCAGUGCAUUUAUGCGAUAUUUGCUUAUAAAUGGUUGUAAUUUGGUUUGUUUAAAGAGAGUGACUCUAAGUACUCAUUAGAUUGUUGUAAUGAAUUACAUAUUCAAUUCCCCUUCAAAUCCAAUAAACAACAAACAAUCCUCA